CUCAGGCUGGUGUGCAAACAACACUGAUAAAAAAGCCUAAUCCAAUAUAUCAAAAAGCCUGAUGCAGUGACACAGCAAGAAUUAAAGACUCCACCCCUGGCUCUGAAAUGUUCGCUGAAAAACAUUGUACCAGCAGAUGUGAAUAAAGGUUGGACUCCUGAAGCACGAAUAGAAUUUUUGAAGGCUGUAGGAACCAAAGCAGUGAAAAUGAAAGUGUUUGGAAUGGACAGAGAUAUUUUACUUGUCGAUUUAAGGUCUUCUUACCUAGAUAAAAGAAGAAAUGGCUUACCAGUUUCUCUCAGAGAAUUCUUAGUAUUCCUAGGACUUGCAAGGUUUAGCUCUCCAAAUUGUGGGUCAGCUUUUAGUACUGUUUACAGCAAAAGUAUCUCAUCUUAUACUGCUGCUUUGUUUCCAGAACAUGGUGUUAAGUUUAAUGCUGUUGUGUCAUAUGUUUUUACACCCUCGGAUUUUCAUAUUCAACUGAUAAAUUGGGCUGAAAAUGCUGAAUUUCUGACUCUCUCCUCAAAACUGCAAGACUACUACAGUAAGACAGAAGAUAAUUUAAAAAUAUGUUACCCAUAUCUUCAUCAGGCUUGUGCAGCUUUCUCUGAGGAUGUCUGGUACCGAGCAAAAGUAACGGGCACCUUUGAAGAUGGAACUGCUGAGGUGAAAUUUGUUGAUUUUGGAAGAACAGCAAUAUUAUCAGUGAAUGAAUUGCUAAUAUUAAAGAAUGAAUUUAUAGAGUUGCCUGAAAUGGCAAUUAACUGUAGUCUUGCCCAUAUCAAACCUUUAAAAAAUUGUGAAUGGAGCAAAGAAAGCAUUGAGCAAUUUCAAGAAUUGACAAAGAAAUCUACAUUGCUGGGAGUGACAACAGGUGUUUCUUCAAACAAUAUUCUCCUCACAAAGCUAUAUAGUGUGUCAGAUCAUGAAAAUCAACUGGUUGACAUUGGAGAAGUUCUGGUAAAGGAACAUUUGGCUGCUUUUAUCAAUAACAGAGAUAUUUAUCUUCCAUCAUUUGAAGUUUGGGAUGUACCUGUUGAAAGUGAGAUUUCUCCAGUUCUUAUCUCUGAGACUGCAGAUUUUGGAGACCAAAAAGAAGAAGAUAUUUCAUUUGCAGAUCUGAAUAUUUCUUUAAGCUACUUUACUGAUUUUCAGAAGGAGCACGAUGUAAGAGUAACACAUGUAAACUCCCCUGGAAGUAUUUUUGUCCAUUUCCUUGCUGCAGACAAUGUACUUAAAAGAUUUCAAGACAAGAUGGAGAAAGAGUAUUCAUCAUCAGUACCCGAGAAAAUUAAAUGGAUGGAAAAUAUGAAUUGUGCUGUGCUUUUAAAUGGGUUUUGGCAAAGGGGACUGAUCCUCAGUGUUGUAACAGAAAAAUCUGUUGAGGUACUGUGUAUUGAUUUUGGCUAUAAAACAAUAUCAGAUAUUAGCAUGGUACGAAAGUUAAAAGAGGAAUAUAACUCUGAAGGUAUGGCGCUGGAAUGCUCAAUAAGUGGCAUAAGACCGGCUGGUGGUAAUGAUUUUUGGACUGCGACUGCAUGUGAAAAUAUAAAAUUCUAUUUAACUGGAGUUUUGGCCACCAUGAUAAUAAAGGAAAAUUCUUCAGAGAGACCUCUGCCAGUUUUAUUGUAUUGUCUGAAUACAACUGAGGCACACAUCAGUAUUGCAGAUUACCUAAUCGGUGUAGGAUUAGCUGUAAGGGAAAGAAAAGGAGCUCCUGAAAUCAUUAAUCAUUUGGUUGAUAAACCUGCUAUGACUGAAGAGAUAUGUACAAAAGCAAUAUUACUUCCUGAGUGUGGUGAAGAAUUGUACCACAAUAUUAUUACAGAUAGUGUUAAGUUAGAUCCUUAUAAACCCCCUGUUCUUCCUGAAAAUAUGUGUCAAAUGCUGAUUACGUGGAUUCGGGAAGAUGGAAUUAUUUAUGGAAUGACCAGAAGUGCUGAACAGGAGUUCCUUAAGAUUCAACAGAAAAGCAAGGAACAGAUUAAAAAUCUUGAAAAUCAUCAACCCUAUUGCUGGAAGAAAGGAGAAGGCUGCACUGUAAGAGGCAGUGACAUGUUCUGGUAUCGUGGAAAAGUUCUAGAGGUUGUCGGUGAAUGUAUCAAGGUACAGAACAUAGACCAAGGACUCGUAGAAAAGAUUCCAGCAUGCCAUAUUUUUUCUACAGUUCUAUUUGAAGAUGUGCCACAGCUUUGUAUUCCAUGUCAGCUUUAUGGGGUCAAACCAAUUGGAAAUACUUGGCACACUGAUGCUAUUGAACUAUUAAUUGAAUUGCUUCGUAACAGAUAUGUUGAUGUGGAGAUAAUGGAGCAGCCAGUUGAUCCAAGGAAUGCAUUGCCCAUUGAAGUUCAUUUUUAUCCAAUGACUUUAACACGAAUCCUGGAAUAUCAUCAGCAUGCAAUUAAAGAUGAGUCAGUUUUUAUUUCAAAAUCGGAUUACCAUUCUGUCUUUGUGAACGAUGAAGUGCCAGAUUGGGAUUUCAAUUUUAAGGGUUUAGAAGUUGAGCUCCCUCCUGUGCUUGCGUAUAUUGAUCUUAUCCUGCCAAAGGCAGGAAAACUGUUUUCUGUGGUAGUACAUCACAUGGUGACCCCGAAUGAGGUAUGUAGAAAGUCUUAUUUAAUGUAUAUGAAUUUUGGAUUGCAGCAUAGCCUUCCAGUCAGCACUAACAAAAGUUUACGUUAUUGUGUGUACCUGUCUCCUAGUGAUAUAAAUGAUUUAUUUUCACUGAGUGAUGGGGUACAUGAAGCAAGAAAUCUGGAAAAUGCAACGUUGCAAGGUGUUUUAGAUCAGAUUAAUGAAAAAACGGAUACUCUUCCAUUUUUUACUGAUUUUUGUCCAGGUGCUCCUUGUCUUGCUCAGUUUAGAGAUGGGAAAUACUAUAGAGCUGAGUUGAUACGUGUUUUGAAUCUCAACCCAGUAAAGGUUCUAGUUAGACAUGUUGACUAUGGUUCUACUGCAGCCUUGAUCACCAGCAGACUUCGGCAAAUCCCAGCUGAGCUUAUGAAAUAUCCACGUCAGGUAGUCAAGGUAAUAUUGGGAGGAUUUAAGCCUCUUCAAAAUGAUCCUGAACCUGAAAGAAUUCUUUAUAAGCCUGAAUGGAGUAUGAAAGCACUGUGGGCAAUGAUGGAUUUAUUGCAGAGUAAAGCAUUGCAAGCUCAAAUUAUGUCACAGGAUGAAAAAGUUACAGUACACUUGUUUGAAAAUGGAAGUCUCAUUCAUGAAAUGUUUGUCGAAAACGGUUACGCAGAAUAUAUUUAGUGUUUGCAG